CAAAAAAAAGUCAACCUGUUUAAUCACCUAUCUCUCCCAAGGCUUCUAGCUCCUCCAUCUGCGUGCAAUAUUUUUCACUCUGGUGAGGACACAACCUGAACCACAUUCCCUUUGAAAUUUACUUCUCAGCACCUCAGCUUCAUCAUUAGCCAGCUCCACAAACCAACCCAUUUCACAUAAUAUACACGCUAUGGUUUGGCCGUUUAGCAAAUCUAAGCCCGCAGAGGCUCCAGUGGAGGCCCCAGUCCCAGAGGUUCCCCAGUUUUUGGAGGAUCUCCCGCCGAAGUUCAACGAUGACGCCCCGCUCAGUCGCGACUCGGUACCCAAGAAAUCGACGCUCACACAGGCGGUAGCCACCAUCAAGCGUGAUGACUUUUCGCCCUCCAACAUGAUGAAGAUUCCGUGCUUCCGUGAGGGAAUGAUGACGGGGCUUUCCGCGUUGGGGGUCCUCGGGGCUAUUACCUUCAUUACCUCAAAAAACGUGAGAAAGGCAACUAACUGGGGGAUGGCUGGGUUCUUGCUUGGCAGCUGUGUGGGCUGGGAGCAGUGCCGUGUAGUCAGAAUGAGAUCGUUUGAGAACGUCCAGCAGGCCAAGGAGGUGAUCCGCAACAAGGAAAAAUAGCGUUGCGGAUUCUUGUAUAUAGGUUGUCAUGAAUGCUACUUAAAUGAUCAAGGAGAGCCAAUAGGCUGUGUAGGGCCUAGGCUUGGUUACAAAGUUUACACAAGUAAUGAAUGUCAAAGGUGGUUAAAAGGGACUUAGCAAUGAAUCUUAUAAGCCAAGUAAUCGGAUAAACGUGCC